CACUCGUCUGUCAGCAUUCAGGCAGGUUUCAUGUUCAUCUGCGUGUUCAGGAGGCACACCCCAAUGCUGGAGACACAAAUAAUGAAGAAAAUCCUGAGGCUGAAAACCUCUUAGGAAGGGUGUAGCAGGACAUCUGAGCUUUGGAUCUGCUCUGACUUUCUCUCCUUGUGAGGACCUGAUGGCAGAACCAAAGGGAAGUGUUCAAAACCAACGGAUGGAUACGGCUUCAGGUGAACUCCCCAGUGGUUCCAGUUUAACCACCAAGGAGCUGCAGCAGAACUGGAGGGCAGUGAAGCGGAAAGAGCAACACAUCAAACUGCUGUUUGACAUCCCAUCGGCUCGUAUCAUCGAACAACCUCUGAGCAAACAUGUGCUCUACGAGAUCGUGCUGAUGCUCUCGGGCAGCUUCGACUCUCUCCGCGUCACGGUGGAGCGCCGCUACAGCGACUUCUGCCGCCUCCACCACAGCCUGCAGGAGGAGUUCAGCGAGGAGCUGGAGGAGGUGCUGCUGCCCCGCAAACUGCUGACCGGGAACUUCCGCCCCGAGAACAUCUGCGAGCGCCGCAUGGCCCUGCGGGACUACCUGGCCCAGCUGCACUCCGUCCGCUGCGUGCGACACUCCCCGCACUUCUCAGACUUCUUCACCGCACACGAACGGAAGCAAGGCCAUGUGCUCCUGCGGGCGGGCCGGUUCAGGGCGGCGCAGGAGCAGCUGCGGACGGUCUUGGCGAUUCAGGAGAAGCUCUUGCCGUGGCAGACGCCCACGCUGCUCGUGCCGACCCUGUGCGCGCUGGCGGUCUGUCACCGAGACCUGGACGAGUGCGAGGAGGCGAUUGCCGCCGCGCACAGAGCUUUGCCUCCGGUGAGGCGCUACGGAGUGCAGCGCUACAGGGCCCCACUGCUGGAGCUGCUGGUGGACGUGGGCUACCAGCUGGGCCGGCCCGUGGCCCAGCUGCAGGACGAGCUCACCGCCCUCAGGGACGCGCAGAGGGGAGAGGUGUCCUACUGCUCUCUGAAGGAGGUGGUGAUCCACGAGUUCCUCUGAGGACGAGGACAUAGCAGCAGAGUCACAACACUGCCUUUCCACUGUGUGAUGCUCCUUUCAUGAGUGCGUUUACAUGGGAAGUUUAAAGCAGCACUAUGUGACUUUUCCACCUUAAUAUAAUAUUUCCAGUCAUUGUGAUGGAACAUCAACUUCCAACAGGUUUAAUGAACCUCUGUCAUGGUCUGAGGGGUCUGUGUCACCUUCACUGGCACUAUGUAACUUUGAGGAGCAUGGUAGGAAACCUUCCACACUACUGGUAAAGCACUACCGCUUUUGUCCAAAGGAGCUCCCAAACUCAACAAAAGCUGAAAGUUACUAUUGUGCUGCUUUAAUUCCUCUUUAAUUCAGAAAUCAAAUUAAAUCUGAUUUAAAAUGAGUAGAAAUUACCAUGUAAACACUGAAUUCCAAAUGAAAAUGGCCAUUCCGAAUUAAACUUAAUUCCGAAGUAAGUGACUGAUUUAUUCCAAUUUUUUGUUUUUUUGUUUAAUUACACUCAUUCCACUUUAAAUUAAUUCCGGUCUUUCUGCGCUGCUCGUUCUCUCGCCCAUCUGUCUCCAUGACACUUAUAUUCCGCGCUGGGCUUGUUUUCCUAACAAAGUUUCAAGAUACAGCACGCAGUAAACGCUGGUCAAGAGCAGAGACCAUUUAUUUAAUAAAUAGCUUAGAGGACCUGGAAAUAAUUAAAAGAACAGAUGGAAACAGGAAACAUCAAAAUUGUGAGCUUUUCAAAUUUGUAGUGGCUAAGUUAGUUUUUAUUCCGGUAGACGUAACUUCCGGUCCGCCCUCCAAUCAGAACUUUCCUUUAAUUCUGAAUUAUUUAAUUCAGAAUAAUUAAUUCCGAAUUAAAAAACAUCAUGUAACCGUGGCCAAUGUGAUUAUUGAUUCAAGGUGAAUUAUUUCAUACAUACAGUAAAUCUAGACAUUAAUAACAUUGUGACCCUAAAUGCGGCUGCUGAUGCUUCAACCAAUACUUGAAUGGGACGUUCAUGAACCCACACCACAAUGGAGCAUCAACAUCUUCACACAAUGGUAGCCUAAUUGGUAAACUUGAAAGAUUUUUAAAAAAUCUUCCUAUAUUAAAUUUUUAGGUCACUGGUUGAAAAGAGUGUCAUUUUAUGAAGAUGUGUGCUCAAGAUACAUGACUGUAGAAGGAACUGACCCUCACAGAACCAAGCAGAGAUUUACUUUUAUUUUUUUGUUUAGUUUAUUUUUUUAACUUAACAUUGACAGUGCCAUACAGAUGUUUGACAGGAUGUCAUUCUGUUAGAUGAGAGUCAGAUCCCUGUGUUUCCUUGUCGUAUCUUACAGACUGCAAAAUAAAUACCGGUAUGCAUUAAACCUUUGAAAACACACCGGUCGGUCGAGUCAAGUUCAACAGGAUCUGCGUGAAAGAAGAAUUCACAUGUAAAAUCAACCCUCUAAAAUUUGAUACUUCCCUCUUUUGUUACACUUUUAUUGAAAUAAAUUCUGAUGAAAUCCCAAAGUGAUAUAUAUAAAAAUCUCCAUUUCUCACUCAGGGUUUAUU